AUGAGCUACUACGGCAACAACAACAACGGCGGCGGUUAUGGCCAGCAAGGCGGAGGCUACGGCCAGCAGGGUGGAGGCUACGGUCACCAGGGAGGCGGUCACCAGGGCGGUGAGGCCAACUCAUACUACAAUGACGGCCGCGGCGAGAACCAACAACACCAACAACACCAACAACAAUUUGGAUACGGUCAACCCCCGCACCACCAGCAACAAAACUUCUCAUCCCCUCCCCCCUACCAGAACCAGGGUCACAACAACAACGGCGAUCACAACCAGGGCUACCGCAAUGACGGACCCGGUGGCUACGGCGGCCCCGGCGGCCCUGAGGGCGAGGACGGCGAGCGCGGUCUGACCGGCGCUCUGGCCGGAGGUGCUGCCGGUGCCUUCGGUGGUCACAAGGUUGGCGGCAACUUCGGCCACAGCAAGACUAGCACCUUCAUCGGUGCUGUUGCUGGCGCCUUCGCCGGCCACAAGCUCCAGGACGGCGUUUCCGACUGGAAGCAUGAGCGCGACGACAAGAAGGAGGAGGAGAAGCGCAGGGAGGUGGAAGAGGAGCGCAGAAGAGAAGACGAGGAGAGACGCAGAAGAGAUGAGAAGCACAACCACCAUCAUGAGAGCCACCAUGAGCGUCGCGGCUCCGGUGACCGUCCCCGCGGCGGCAACUACGGCGGUGGCUUCACCGGAUCCUGCAGGGACAUCCGUCUCGACGCCCACGGCGACUACAACCUGCGCGCUUCCUGCAAGCGCCGUGACGGCUCUUGGCAAGACAGCUGCAUCAGCUUGAACCGGAUCUUGGAGAACGACCAGGGCAGCUUCCGCUGGUACUCCGGCGGCGGCGGCGGCGGUAGCCAGAACUACACUGUCCAGCAGGGCGACACUCUCCGCAACAUCGCGGCCCGAUUCAACGCCAACUGGGAGGAGGUUGCUCGGAGCAACAACAUUUCCAACCCCGAUCAGAUCUGGCCCGGUCAGAACCUCCAGAUUCACGGUGGUGGGGGCGGUGGUCCCGGAGGCAACUUCGGCGCUUCGGCCCGCGACGCCCGUCUCGUUGAUGGCGGACAGCGCCUGGAGGCGGAGCUGUCCCGUAACGGACAGUACGUCCGCAGCUCCAUCAACCUGGAUGAGAGAAUAGGAAACAACGACGGCACCCUUUUCUUUGUUUAA